UCCCAGAGAGAGAGAGAGACAAUGAAACUGCAAACUUCUGAUCUAGGGUUUUAAAAAUUCCGCACCAUUAAACUUCCAAAAAUAAGGCUUUCACCUGUAGUAACAUAAACCAUCAUUCGAAUUCCUGGAUAAACAUGGGAAAUACUUUAUCAAUGUUAACACAAUACGACAUUGAAGAAGUUCAACAACACUGUAACAAUACAUUUUCACAACAAGAGAUCGUUUCGUUAUACCAAAGAUUCUGUCAAUUAGAUCGAAGUGGUAGAGGAUUCAUUUCUUCUGAUGAGUUCUUAUCUAUACCUGAAUUUGCUGUUAAUCCUCUUUCUCAGAGAUUGUUAAAGAUAAUAAAUGGUUUAAAUUUUAAAGAAUUUGUAUCUUUCUUAUCAACGUUUAGUUCUGGUUCUACUCAGGAACAGAAAAUUGAGUUCAUUUUCAAGAUUUAUGAUUUGAAUUGUAAUGGAAAAGUUACUUUCAAUGAUAUAAUGAAUAUGUUGCGUGAUUUGACUGGAACAUACAUCUCUGAGCAACAAAGACAGCAAGUUCUGACCCAGCUUCUCAAGGAAGCUGGCUAUACAGAGGAUUCUGUAUUUGUUUUGGAGGAUUUUGUGAAGAUUCUUUCUAGCUCUGGCUUGAAAAUGGAGGUUGAAGUUCCAGUUGAUUAGGAGAUUAGUAAGAUUUUAUCACCGCGCCUUCUUGCUAGGGAUGUGAUUGACUAGUUUCUUUUAUUAUGUUAUUGUUUCUAUAACAUCACGAAGAUGUAUACUCCAUUGUCAUGGUAUGAGGUGACGCUUAAUGAUAUUGUAUUGGUCUCCAGAUAGUGUAAGCCAUUUGCCUUCCAAACCAAUUUUAGUCCGUUAGCUUUUCUGAAUGUUGGAAAUGUAAUAAUCUUUCUUAUUUUCCCAAGCGGUUGAUGAGUAAUCUAUCCAAUUUGUAUCUAACAGCUGCAACAUGCAAAAGGUAUGUUAUCUACCUAAAAGUUUAAUGCUUCUUUCUUGUAAUCCUGUUAUUUUAUAAACAGUUUGAUAAACCUUUAUA